CACACAGGUGGAAGAACGAACCAUGAAAGCAGAAAGCUAGAUGUUAUAUUCGGGAAAAUCUUAACUAUUUAUCUUUUUUAAAAAGUUAAAUAGAUCUAAGUUGUAUAAUAUGUGCAAAGGACUGUGAAUCCAGAAUUGUAUCCAAACAUUGGCAAACUUGACAAAAAAAACUAAUCGCAUAUUGGAGCGCGGUCGAGUCUGGCCGAAGUUAGCGUGUUCGGCUAAUCAGUUAGCUAGCAAACUAUCAAGAAGCACGAAAAACCUGGUGAAACGGGGAAGAAAACAAAAGAGCGAUUGAAUAUCAAGUAGUAAUGUUGCCUUUAGGAAUUAACUUGCGCUACGGAUGAAAAAUAAAUCGAGGAUUUGGAAAAACGAGGCGGGGGAAUCAACUAGCGAAGAAGCACAACAGCUAGCUACAAGACAACUGCAAUGUUGUUGGGGCAGCAGGGACUGGUUCGCCGUUGUGUCAGCCCCUCGGUGUUUCGAGGCUGGCCACAUUCGGUUCAGUGGAGACUCUGGGGUUUGUUUUUCCUGCUGUUGGUGGAAGGGGCCGUCUGCCUCGCCGACCCCGGCACCAGCAGUGCCCCUGCUCCGGGCAUCGACAAUCGCCCCAGUGUCAACGUCUACAUGAGCGAGGAGGAGGUCAAGAAGCUUUUGGGUCUGGAUGCAGAGCUGUACUAUGUGAGGGAUGACGUGGUGAAUCACUACGCUCUCUCCUUCAUCUUGCCUGUACCCAGCGAGACCAACAGCCUACACUUUACCUGGCAAUCCAAGGAUAAGGUUGAUUACAGGAUGGGUUUCCAUGUAGACAACCCUGCAGCUAUGAACCAACCACAGAGCAACAUCUCUACCCAGGGGGAGGUGCCUCGCACAGCCUCAGGUCUGUCAACCAAUCACCACUUCCCAUCCUCCUCUGUGUUCAGAGUGGACCUGUUCUGCUCAGGGAAGGUGGAUGGAGAGGCGGUCCUGACGGUACAGCUCAACCUCACCAUCCACUCCAACAACUUCACAGUCCUCAACUUCAAGAGGAGGAAGAUGUGUCACAAACGAAUGCAUUCUGAUCCCAAGAUUCCUCCGGUCUCCAACAACAAGACCAUUCAGAGACCAGAGAAUGGAGUAUCCAUCCCUACCACCUCUACCAGAGUCUUCUAUAUCAGUGUUGGGGUCUGCUGUGCUGUCAUCUUCCUGGUAGCCAUCGUCCUGGCUGUUAUGCAUUUACACAGCAUGAAGAGAGUAGAACUGGAUGACAGUGUCUCGGACAGCGGUAGUUCCCAGGGCCUGUCCCAGCCGUCCACCCAGACUACCCAGUACCUGAGAGCUGACACACCUAACAACGCCACCCCUGUCACCAACAAUCACUCUGGCACUGCACCCAUUCUCCAGCUUGCUGCUGCCACCUUCCCAAACCCUGGUGCCCCCAUCCAUGAAACCAAAAGCUACCCGUCCCUGCGUAUUGAGAAGAACGACCUGAGAAGUGUUAGUCUGCUGGAGGUCAAAGCCAAGGUCAAAGACAUCGCCAUCUCCAGACUGAGAGUCACUCUACGGGACGUCCUGCAUGAAGGAACGUUUGGCCGCAUCUUCCACGGUGUUCUAUUGGACGAGAAGGACCCGACCAAGGAGAAGCAGUGCUUUGUGAAGACUGUGAAAGACCAGGCCUCUGAGGUGCAGGUGACCAUGAUGCUGACAGAAAGCUGUAAACUACGAGGACUUCAUCACAGGAACCUGCUCCCCAUCAGUCACGUGUGUACAGAGGAAGGGGAGAAGCCCAUGGUACUGCUGCCCUAUAUGAACUGGGGUAACCUCAAACUGUUCCUGAGACAGUGCAAGCUGGCCGAGGCCAACAACCCACAGGCCAUCUCCCAGCAGGACUUGGUCCACAUGGCGAUCCAGAUCUCAUGUGGGAUGAGCUACCUGGCCAGGAGAGAGGUCAUCCACAAAGAUCUGGCCGCCAGGAACUGUGUUAUUGAUGACAGCAUGCAGGUGAAGAUCUGUGACAACGCCCUGUCCAGAGACCUGUUCCCCACGGACUACCACUGUCUGGGAGACAAUGAGAACAGACCGGUCCGCUGGAUGGCCCUGGAGAGCCUGCUCAACAAUGACUUCUCUACUGCUAGUGAUGUGUGGGCGUUUGGUGUGACCCUGUGGGAGUUGAUGACCUUGGGACAGACCCCUUACGUGGACAUCGACCCCUUCGAGAUGGCAGCCUAUCUGAAGGACGGAUACAGAAUAGCACAGCCAAUCAACUGUCCCGAUGAACUGUUUGCAGUGAUGGCGUGUUGCUGGGCCCUGGAUCCAGAGGAGAGGCCGAAGUUCCAGCAGCUCGUGCAGUGUCUGACUGAGUUUCAUGCGGCGUUGGGGGCAUACGUCUAAAAUCUAGCCCCAGGCUUCUGCACGGACCAGGCCCAGGAGUUACUGAACAGCACUAAUCACCACGAGGAAUACAUUUACAAACCUUGUGCCUUUAGAAAAGAAAGAAGACUUUAUUAUGAACAUUAUUAUGAGGAAUUGUUUUGAGUGAGGUUUCUGUAAUUCGUGCAAGCUUCAAGCUGUUCUCACAGCGGAGUUCGAUGGAUUCUCUUUCAGAGGUCGUCAUAUUUCCCAGCAAUACCUCACAAGCUUCCAGAACAGACCUAUACCCUCACUAUGAAAAUGUGGACCCACAAGGACGUCACCUCUUUUUAGAAGAACGUAAGAAGCUCUAAAAGCUGUCACCGCCAUUUUCCUACCAACUUUUGAGGACCCGUUUGUAAAGACAGACUAUGCUAAUAUGUUGUUUUUUUCCAUGUUAGAGAAGAAGAGAUGUACGUUUCUGGUUGUAGAUCUGAGAGGAUAAGUCCACAGUAGAUUGAGGCUUCAUGUAUAGUGGCAGGGCACCAAAGUGGACACCCUCUUCACCUAGUACACUACAUGGGGAAUUUGGGCCGCAGGUGGAGCGUCUUUUGUGUACUGAAGUCAUGGUACGGUAAACUCAAGGUUGGUACGAGAGGCCUCUUUGGGGGAUGGAACGGUCGGUCGCCAAGGCCAAAGCAGCUCUGCUCUGCUGGACAUUUUUAUAUUGGACAAUGACAUGUGGUAUGUCUCUAGUCCCCACAGAUCUCCACUGAAGAGACCUAUUGAACGUUUUGUGCCACACGUUAGUUUCCCUUUUCCUUGGGAGACGUGCCAAUGGAGCGCUAGCAUAGCUGUCGUUGUCGCCACAUCCCAUGAUCCCCUUAGCAUCUGUUUAGCCAGUAGUGUUGACCAGACUGUAUGAAUGCUACAGACCGUGUACAGGACACUACAUACCCUCAUGGAGAAUGAUUGGUUUAUGAGUUAUGUUGUUCACUCAUUGGAAAGCUACCCAUUGUAUCCCCUUUUUGAUAUUCACAAUCACAACUAGCAAGUUCAAUAUCACAUAUCUGGGGGGAAUGAAUAUCUAACAGGGUUGUCGUCAUCGAUAAUAUUCUGUGUUUUUGAGUUUGACUGUUCUGUGUCAGAACAACAACCCAGCUACCCAACCACACGUUGUUUUGAGAAAGUAUGAAUUUGUACUAGGGACACUAAUCACUGCGAAAACGGAAUAAGUGCCAACCUUGGCAACGUCAUGGCUAGCUCUGGUCCGAGGCGUUACGUGCUGCUUGCUCAUGCUGAGCCUUCAGCAUCAGCAAGCAGCGGGUAAUGGCCUGGGACCAGAGCUACAUCAUGGCCUCGUCUUCUAAGAUCUGUAGGAUGUCAACAGGAUCACUGCAUGUUGAAUUAAAGGGUGUUCAUUCUGUAAACUGAAUUCAGACCCCAAAAAUUAAAUGCGUUUCUUCUGA